CCAUUUUUUAGAUUUGCCUCCAGAGAGAUGGAUAUCUUUAUGAAUGAGGAUUUUACUGUGACCGGUAACACCAGCCAUGAAGUAGGACUCGAAAGACUUGAAGACAGCAAAAGUCAAGGACUCAACCACAGUGACCCUUUAGACAUGUUUGAAGGCAUGGAGGUUCUUCAACGCUUCAAGCUUCUCUUUCUACCUCUCUACUGCAUCGUAGUGAUCGUGGCUGGUGUUGGAAACGCCUUCCUUUUGGCCUGCAUCUUGGGUGACAAGAAACUCCACAACGCCACAAACUUUUUCAUCGGGAACUUAGCAGCUGGAGACCUGCUUAUGUGUCUGAGCUGUGUUCCUCUGACAGUGUCUUACGCCUUUGACAGCCACGGCUGGGCUUUUGGAAGACCCCUCUGCCACCUGGUCCCUUUGCUGCAAUGUGCUACAGUGUUUGCAUCAGUGCUUUCUCUCACUGCCAUUGCUGUGGACCGCUAUAUUGUUGUAGCUCAUCCAGUGCGGAGGAGGAUCUCUGUAUGGGGUUGUGGUGCAGUGACUCUGGGCGUCUGGCUUUUAUCUCUGGCCCUGGCUGCCCCUCCAUCGCUCUACACACGCUACCUGGACCUGCGACCCAAUGGCAUUGACUUGGUAGUGUGUGAGGAAUUCUGGCCAAAUAGUGGCAAUCUGCGACUGCUCUACUCCUGCUUCAUUCUCAUAGCCUCUUAUAUGAUCCCACUGCUGUCUGUCAGCGUAUCCUACUGUGCCAUUACCAUCAGUCUAAAACGGUAUUCGGUACCCGGGGAGCCAUCCAACAGUCAGCAGUGCUGGAGCCAAAGGAGGAAGAAGACCUUCUCACUGCUAGUGGCCUCAGUGCUUGCCUUUGCCCUGUGCUGGCUGCCCCUGCAGGUGCUGAACCUAUUGCUGGACCUGGACCCAGACUUCCAUAUCAUAGGGAAGCGCUACAUAAACGUCUUACAAGUCUGCUGUCAUUUAGUGGCCAUGAGCUCUGCGUGUUACAAUCCCUUCAUAUACGCCUCACUGCACAGCAAGGUACGCAUGCACCUGAAAGGCUAUCUCUGUCCUUGUCGACAGAAGAGGAUGGUGGAGAGAUCGAUAUCCAGAUGCUGA